UCAUGUGUCGCUUCUAGAAGGCAGGAAUCAUAAGUUUCUAGCUGGUAAAGCUCACAAUUUUGAAAGGAGUUACUAACAGAACUACAGAUGGAGGAGGGGUCUGAGGCACUCCUGGCUGCCAUGACUGACUCUCUGAAGGUGUCAGACGAAGGAUGUCAUCCAGAUGGCCAGAACACUACGGAGCAGGAGGAGGACUGCUUCUACGACUGUGAGGAGACGCUUCAUGCAGGGACUACAUCACUGGCACAACGAAGAACCAUAACCCACUCAGAGACUACCUACAGUGAAAAUCCAGAUCAGGGGCCAGGGGAGGCACUGCACACAGCCUUGCAGACAGAUGGACCUAGAAAUCCAGAUCACUCGGAAAAAGGGUCAGCUCAGGUUUCUUCUGAAUCAUGUGAAGUUAAGGCUGCCAAACAUGGACAUGAGUCACUGGAGGGAGCUGGUAUGCUGGAAGAUGGAAUGCAUGAAGAACAGGAAAAAUUGGAAAAUAUUGUAGAGAAGGAAAAGACAGAUUCAGAUUCCGAGUUCAAGGAAGGGAAAGAGAUAUUUGAGUUUGAUGAAGAGUACCUGCGAGAAGCAGAAAAAAACCUAACAGAGGAAGAAAAAGAGGGCAGACGAGCAGAGAGUAUGGUACUGAAGGAGAAGGGUAAUGGCCAGUUCAAGAGUGGGGCACAUGAAGAGGCAGAGGAAUCUUACACUGCUGCAUUGGCUGGCUGUCCUGUGUGUUACAGCAAUGAGAGGUCCAUCCUCUUCUCCAACCGAGCUGCAGCACGCCUACACCUGGAUAAGAAAGAAGCAGCUAUCAGGGACUGCUCUAAAGCCAUAGAGCUGAACCCCAACUAUGUUCGUGCAAUUUUGCGGAGAGCUGAGUUGUAUGAGAAGACGGACAAGCUUGAUGAAGCUCUGGAAGACUACAAAACUGCAUUGGAGAAAAACCCAGGCAUCCCAGCUGCAAGGGAAGCGUGCAUGAGGUUACCACAGCAAAUUGAGGAACGAAAUGAGAAGCUCAAAGAAGAGAUGAUGAGUAAACUGAAGGACUUGGGCAACAUGUUUUUGCGUCCUUUUGGCCUCUCUACAUCUAACUUCCAGGUCAACCAGGAUGCCAAUACAGGAUCCUACUCUAUUAACUUUGUUCAGAAUCCAAGUAACAACAACAGAUAACAACACAGACCGUACUCGAGUAGCUAAGGGACUAGCGGACUGUAAUGUAACAGAGUUCCCUUACUUCCCGUCAGUGCCCUUCAGCCCUGGGGUCCAACCCCGGCAUAGUUCCCUGUGCUUUUAAUCUUCACUAACAGGCCAACACAUGAUGGGGCUGUUACGCUUGCUGCGUGGCUCAUUGCUCAUCUUUCAUCAAGCUGCUUUCAUUUAUUUUGACACAUUAAAUGAUCAAAAAUCCCAUCCAAAAUGGACUGUUGUGCAUUGUUGUGACUACUUUGCAUAUUGCUUGCUGUACUAGUAAAGCCAGUCUGAGAACAGAAGCACUUGGCAUGACAGAAGCUAUAGCUAUAUAAGCUAUAUAAGUUGGUCAUCAUGCCUAGGCUUAGUGUUCAUUUAUAGAAUAAAAAUCCCCAAAAUAAAUAGAAUGUAUUCAUAG